AUGCUCCGUGGCUUACUUAGCAUCCUCUGCUUCAUCACACCACCGGACCCAGGACAGAUAACCCGAAGCGGGCUGCGCUCUCGCCUGUCCCCGCUGCAAACAGGCCAGGCCGGGCUGGGGGGCGCCGCUCCCGGCCUGAGCGGGGCAGCUGCCCUCUGCGGCAGACGACGGUGCGCGAUUCCAGCUCCAGCGCCCCGGCUGCCCGGCGGCCAGCGCGCCCUCCUGGUGCAGCAGGCGGGCGCUGUGACGUUCCCGGAUAAAUGCCGUGUAACUGUCGCGCAGCUCGCCAGUCCCUCCGUUUGCCCGGCGCCGGGGGAGGGUCGGGAGGCAUCUCCAGGGCCCCGGGGCUCUGCGGAGCUGAGAAGAGGUUCUGGAGGGGAAUGGUACAUCUGGAUUCCAGCAGCCGCGGCUCGGCGCCAGAUCCCAGACUGUAGAGAUUUUGGCGGGGGAGGGGAGAGCGCGAAGGAGCGAGCGACAGAGAGCGCGCAGCGCGCUCGGACCGGAGCUGCCGGGUUCCGCGCGGAGAAGAUGUAA